GGCCAAUACAGUAAAAUGAUUUCAGUCCAUCCAAGCAUGUGUACACAGUCUGUAUACUAUGACUGUCUUAUUUGUCACUUCAGAAUGUUGCAUCAAGUUCAAUUUAAAUCUGAGUGAACACACUCAAAAUAGACUUUACAGACUGUCUGCUCUUCCUUAACCGUCACUUCCUCUUUUCCCUAUCUACAUAUCCACUUCUUUUUCUUUCUUCUCCCUGCCUGUCCACCCUGUAAGGAGUCAACUAUGUUUACCAGUUCUGUGUCGGAGCAGCAAAAGGUGUCCUCAGUCCAUUCGUCCUUCAGGAAAUCAUCAUGGAGGCUCUGCAGAGGCUGAACCCCGCUCAUAUCCAUGCCCACCUUCGAACACCUGCUUUCCACCAGCUCGUCCAGCGCUGCCAACAGGCCUACCUGCAGUAUAUCCACCACCGGCUCAUCCACCUGACGCCUGCCGACUACGAUGACUUUGUCAACAUCAUUCGCAGCGCUCGAGGUGCUUUCUGCUUGACGCCCGUGGGUAUGAUGCAGUUUAACGAUGUGCUUCAGAACCUGAAGAGAGGCAAGCAGACCAAGGAGCUGUGGCAGCGCAUCUCCCUGGAGAUGGCAACCUUCUCCCCCUGAGCAGCAUGCUCAUGGGGAGAGUGUGCUGGGCCUGGGCUUGAGGUGUCCCAUCCAGCGCCCACUCAGCUUCCGACAUUGUCACUGCCACUGCACUGAGUGGGCAACGUUUGUGCUGUCAGGGAUCCUGCUCUCUGCUACGUGGACUCAAACAAAUACAGCACACAGGCAGUACAAUCAGCUCCCGUACCCCUGACCCACAGAGACUUUGUUUUUUAUGUGUGUUUGUCCACCCAGAGCUCAGAGGAGGAGCCAGGUCAUCUUCCUGCUUUCCUCUGUUGUUGACUGACUCCUCACUUGUGUUUUAUCAUGGUUCAUGUUUGUGUAAAUGUGGAAUUAAUGUGUACUCCUUCUAUCUUCAUCUAACUGGCCUCUUCCAUUUCCCUUAAACUGAAGAUAUUGACUGGUAUCUCUCACCCUCCAUCCUCACUUCAUUUCUAGUAUUUUUUAGUUUUGUUAAGCUUUCUUUUGAUUGAAACCACUGAGUAUGACUCAUUUUCAUGCUGCAACAUUCCUGUCCAGAGUGGUAUGUGCUGUGAGGCCUCUUUCACCAAAAGCUUGUCACUAUGGAUCUGAAUCUUUGCAGUGUGGAUGAAAAGGAAGAUUUGCAAGGAAAAGGGGUUUAAUAUGAGAAAUUAUAUUGUGAGUACGGGUGAGGAUUUUUCAGUAUUUUGUUUAAUCUUUUUUGAUACUUUGUAUAGAAUAUUACAUGUAUGCAGAUAGGAAUGGGAAGAAAAUGAGAGAAUGUGAAAAGUGCUGUUGUUGUUGUAUGGGAUCCAUAUUUACAUUUCAGCCUGCCUGAGGAGUGACAUGAAAACAGCUCCAGACCAAGCCAGAGGCCAACAAACUACUGCUGGGCCAAGCAGGGCCAGCAAGGGCUUACUAAGUGUCCAACAUGUGGAUCACUCUUAUAUUAUGAUUUGUCCAUAGGGCAAAUAUAUAAUUGGUAAGUGUUUUCAAAGACUGUAGUUGAGAUCUGAGCAGUUGGUUUACAAAAUAUAAAUUUUGAAUGGGAAGCAUCUGGGCUGUCCCAGAUGCACACAGUGGAUGAGACAGGAGCUGUGUCUCAUUUUUGGCCGUCUUUUUCAAACCUCAAUCUUCCAAACUGAAUAUAUGCUGGUGUAUUCAGUGCAGCUGAGAACUGCAUCUGCUUAGAUUUGGAGGCUCUUUGAGGUCUUUAGUAUCCCAAAAUGCACUGUGUGCAGCUCACUAGUCUCUGUGAAGCUUCAGCUGUGAUUUUGUGAUGUCACUCCAGUGACUCCUCCACAGACUGUUCUGCAUGGGGAUAGUGCAGUUACUAGCUGACCUCCAAAGGUCACCUCUUUAGAAACCAUAACUUUAAAACAGUGGCCCCUGAAAUGAGACACAGCUGUGGUGUGGCUCUCUCUGCUUGGCUUAUCUGGGUAAUGCAGGAGUCCAAACACUCACCAAGACCUGUCAGAAAUUGGACAUGAGUAUGUUUGAGUGGUCCCACUGUUCAGCGUGGCUAGCUCACAGACAUAGUGCUGUUAUAUGCACCAUCUCUGUCCAGGCAGCUGCUGUGGUUCUGAACCUGCCUCUCUGAUUGGCUUUGGACCUCACAGGUGAAGGUGACUUGGCAGAAAAUGUACUGUGAUAUUUUUGUAUUCCUCAAAAAGUGUAGCUUGAUUGAAAAUAUCUAUGUGCUGAUUGCAAAAGGUUCUAAUUUAGAGUGAAAAAAGGUAAAAGCAAUACUAAAAGUGUAGAGUUUACUUAAUAAAGAUAAUUCAAAAAACUAA